AUGUCGGGGUACACGCUGGAUGAGAAGCUGCGGCUGCAGCAGCUGCGGGAGCUCAGGAGACAAUGGCUGAAGGAUCAGGAGCUGAGUCCCCGGGAGCCCGUGUUGCCCCCGCGCAGGAUGUGUCCCUUGGAGCGCUUCUGGGCUAACUUUUUGUGGGACGGGGCCUCGUGGAAGAAGGCUACUAAACCAUAUGCCAUUGUUAGCAUGAAGCCCAGGAUAUUUCCAGGUGAUACAAUUAUGGAGACUGGAGAAGUAAUUCCACCAAUGAGAGAUUUUCCUGAUCAACAUCAUUGAAGAGUCCUUAAAAUCUUAACAGACUUGUGUAACAGCACAAGUGUGUUCCUAAAGUGCUGUAUUUGCUGAAUCUGUUUC